CGGGAGCUGAGGGGCACGCGCGCGGCCGCGCGGCGUCUGCGUGACGUGUGUGAUGACGUCAGAUAUACGUCAGGGAGCAUGGACGACGACAUGCCCGGUGUCCCGGCCGGCCCGGUGACGUCACGAGUGCCCGGGGGGGCACAGCCAGGGAGGGGUGACAGUGCCAGGGUGACGCUCCCCUGCCGCCCCAGGGGCCGCCAUGGCUGCUGCCCCCCAGGGCCGCCCACAGCGCCCGGAGCAGCGGCGAGCCGCCGACAUCAUCCGCCUGCUGACGCUCUACCGGCCCCUGCUCGACGCCUUCGUCAUUGAUUUCUUCACCGAGGACCUGUGGGCACAGCUGCCCGCAGCCUGGCAGCCCGCCCUGGCCAGUGCCACCCCCGUGCAGCUGGCCGGGCUCCUGGGGGGCCGUGGGGGCCCGGGGGCUGCCUGGCCCCUGUCCCUGCUGGCCUUUGCCGCCGCUGCCCGCGCCCUGGCCUUCCCUCGGGGCUGCCCGUGCCCCCCGUGCCCGCCGUGCCAGAGCUCCCGGCUGCACCCGCUGCUGCGCCGCCACGUCAAGCCCAAGAAGCAGCACGAGAUCCAGCGCCUGGGCAAGCUGCUGCGGCGGCUGAGCCGCGCCACCGGCUGCCAGCGCGUGGUGGACGUUGGAGCGGGGCAGGGCCACCUGUCCCGGUUCCUGGCCUUCGGCCUGGGGCUGGGGGUCACCGCAGUGGAGAGCGACGGGCGCCUGGUGGGCCUGGCCGAGCGCUUCGACCAGGAGCUGCUGCGGGAGCUGGGCAAGAGCAGGGCGCUGGCACACAGGGGGCACCCCCUCACCCCCCGUGCCCCCCAGCACAUCGCCGGCCGCCUGGACCCCGCAGCUCCCUGGGGGGAGUUCCUGCUGCCCCCCGACCCCCCAGGACCCGGCCCAGCUGCCCGGAACCCGCUGGGGGGCCCGGGGGGCUCUGAGGACGGGGGGAGGGUGUUGGUGACAGGGCUCCACGCCUGCGGGGACCUCAGCCCUGCCCUGCUGUGCCACUUCGCCCGCAGCCCCGCCGUGGCUGCCGUGGCCUUGGUGGGCUGCUGCUACAUGAAGCUGUCGACAGCCCCGCAGCAGCCCCCUGGCUACCCCCUGAGCGCCUCGGUGGCGGCGUUGCCGGGCCACCAGCUGUCCUACCGGGCACGGGAGGCCGCGUGCCACGCUCUGGAGGAGUACCAGGGGCGGCUGCGCGGGGGCAGCGCCCACCUGCGUGCCCACUGCUACCGCGCCGUGCUCGAGAGCCUGAUCCGCGCCGCCGACCCCGGCAAGAGGCACCUGGGCCUGCAGCCGGGCAGGAAGGCACACACCCUCAGCUUCCCCCAAUACGCCCAGCUGGGGCUGUCCCUGGCAGGCCUGGACCCAGCGGGGGUCCCGCUGGACUCGGGGGCUGUGGGGGCCAUGCUGGAGCAGCAGCACAAGGUGGUGGCAUUCUGCACCCUGGGGCAGCUUCUGGCACCUGCCGUGGAGACCCUCAUCCUGCUCGACCGCCUGCUCUACCUGCGGGAGCAAGGUUUCCACUGUGCCCUCGUGCCCCUCUUCAACCCCCGGUUCUCCCCGCGGAACCUGGUGCUGGUGGCCGCACGCACCCCGCUGGCCACAGCGCUGGCCAAGGACGCUGAGGAUGGGCACAGCAGCGAGGAUGAGGAUCUGGAGGAAGCAGAGUCCCCCAGGGAGGGGCAGAACCCACAAUAAACCCAGGAUU